UUUCUUUCUCAGUAGUGACUGACUGAUCGUGCAGUGCGAGGGGACUUCACAUCACAGAGCCGUUACGUUAGUUCCCUUGCAAGGCAAGCAGCCUGUCCGGAUCAAGAGAGCCGAAGCUGCUCCUGUCCGCGCGAUUUCAGUCUGAGAGACGGCGAGGCGACUCUGUUUCGACAACCGCUUCCUUCGGACCGCUGACAGCCAGCUGUUCGUCGCGGCAUUCCUGACCGCCAGCGUUUCACCGCUGGAAAGUAACCAGUUGCAGGAGUUGAAACCCGAGCGUUGAAAUCCGAGCGUUCCUGUGAUUCUCCCUUAGCGCGCUCUUAGCUGGACUCCGUGCGCUUCCUUGUGCUGGACGUUCCUUCCUGACUUUCUCUCAUUGCUCCUCGGCGCUGCUGAGCCUCCUAGUGCAUCUGCCCCUGCACUUCACUUUCUUCCGCUAUGGCUCUCGCGGUGUCGUCAUCAGUGACCCGCGCGGUCGCUCUUUCAGAGCCUUCUUCUCUGUUCUUGGGAUCAUCGCGGUCGAUCCGAUCCACCCAUUCACAUGUGCCUUCGCUCAUCCGUGGAUGUGACAUUCGUCACCAUAAAUUGCUACCAGCCACUCCCUUCAGACCACCAUCAGCAGCCACUGCUUCCCUGUCCGCACCAUCCCCCCGCCGCUCCGAGCCUCUUGCUAAACGCCAUGCGUCCGCGAGACCAGCUCGCUUGGCUUCCGCUGCUGCAAAGGCUGCUGCUUCGGCUGUUGCCGAGCCUGCACAGGAGCUUCGGGGUGCAGGGCCCGUUGUGGUGGUGGAUAAUUAUGACAGCUUCACGUACAACCUCUGCCAGUAUCUGGGUGACCUGGGAUGCGAGCAUGUAGUGUACCGCAAUGACGACAUCACCAUAGAAGACCUGCAGAAAAUGGACCCCAGAGGCGUCCUCAUCUCUCCAGGCCCGGGCACGCCUGAUGACUCGGGCAUCUCGCUGGACGUGGUGCGGCGGCUGGGGCCGACUGUGCCUCUCUUUGGCGUGUGCAUGGGGCUGCAGUGUAUGGGGCAGGCAUACGGGGGGCGCAUAGUGCGGGCGCCAGGGGGAGUGAUGCAUGGGAAGACGUCUCCUGUGCUGCACACGCAGCAAGACAGCGACACCGGGCUGCUCGCAGGCCUGCCCAGUCCCUUCACGGCCUGCCGCUACCACAGCCUGGUGAUUGAGAAGGAGACAUUCCCCGAGGGCGAGCUGGAGGUGACUGCUUGGACGGAGGAUGGGCUGGUGAUGGCGGUGCGGCACAAGAAGUACACCCACGUUGAGGGAGUGCAGUUCCACCCGGAGAGCAUCAUCACAAGCAAUGGCAAGGCCAUAGUGGCCAAUUUCCUCAAGACCAUGGACCGCUACUGGAGCCAGCAGUAGAGUAUCGCGAGUGGGGGCAGUGUGGUGCUACUGGGGUGUUUUUUGAGCCGUCUCAAAGUCAAACAGCAAGGCCAUAGUGGCUAACUUCCUCAAGACCAUGGACCGCCACUGGGGGAACUAUGGCACGAGAAGCAGAUGACAUGGGGCCGUAGGCAGGCUUUGCCAUUGCCACUUUCCUUUGGGAUGCCCUAGGGACUGCCCUUAGGGAUUCCCUAAGGAAUGCCCUUAGCUGCUCACAAUAUGAUUGGGUUUUAUCGGAUGCACAUGGGCUAAACAGCCCACAUCGCACUCUCGGUGAACUUGUGCAGUAAUUGCCGGCCAUUGUGUGCUUUUUAAGGCGCUUAGAAAAUCACGCGCUGGGCGGUCCAUCAUACGGACAAGGGUGGAAGCAGAAUAGACGUACCAUACGAAGGAAUUACCUCAGCAUCUCACGAAUCACUAACGAAGUUGUGAGUGAAACAUGAGAAUCCUGCUCGAGG